AUGAGCUUGUCAAGUCUUGGAAUUGCAUUGACAGAGUCACUUGAUGAUUUUAUUCAAGCGGGUCAAAUUACUCCACAAUUGGCCAUGAAAGUAUUAUUACAAUUUGAUAAGAGUUUAACAGAGGCUCUUGAAACUAAAGUUAAAACAAAAUUAACAUUCAAGCAAGGACAUCUUCACACUUAUCGAUUUUGUGAUGAAGUAUGGACUUUUAUAAUCAAGAAACCUAAUUUCAAGCUAGAUCAAAAUGAACAUUUACACGUCGAUAAAAUUAAAAUUGUAGCUUGUAAUUCAAAGAAACCCGGUGAAUCUGAAAAUAAAAGCUAA